UCGGUCCGUAUUCUCGGCGGUGCCGUUGUAGCCGGAGCUGAACGCCGAAUCUACGGCGGCGCGUUCUAAAAGUGGAUUGCUGAAUGUCACCACCGUUAUCACCACCUGGGCGAACUCGUUCGAGGAGAUGCACUGGAGAAAUCCGCGAGUGAAUGUCCGUCAAACGUGUCUCCGAGAAACGGAUGCUGUUAACGAAGGUGAAUAAUCGCCCCACGUCUCCGCACGUCGUUCCAGAGUGCCUGCUCUGACCAGCGCCAAGGGGAGAAGGGAAGCGAGGGAGGGGGGCGGAGCCCAUUUGUAGCCCCGCCCCAUUCAGUCCAUCGCUAUGGAGAUUUAAGAGCGCUCGGUUCAGCAGCAUCACCGGCGGAGGUUACCACGGCAACGCCGAGGCCCCCGCUGACGCAGACCUCUCCCCAGGCCUGAGACCGACUGAGCCCUGAUGCACUCUUAGGCCCUCAGUGGGUCUUCACCGGAGCCCGGUCCGGGACGGGAACACUGACCCCGGCGCCUCCCCGAGGAGCGAUGCGGGCGGGAGAGCUCGCCUAGCGACCGCGGAUGGCGUGGUGCAACGACAGCUCCCCGGAGGCCUGCUUCCGGGCGGAGCUCAACGGCACCGCCCCGGCCCCGCCCGGGGGCCCCGCCAGGAUGUCCGUCACGCUGCGGGUGGCGCUGGCGGCCGUCAUGAUCUGCAUGAUCGCCAUCGGGUUCCUGGGCAACGCCAUCGUCUGCCUGAUCGUCUACCAGAAGCCCGCCAUGCGGUCGGCCAUCAACCUGCUGCUGGCCACGCUGGCCUUCUCCGACAUCAUGCUGUCGCUGCUCUGCAUGCCCUUCGCCGGCGUCACCGUGGCCACGGCCGACUGGCGCUUCGGCGCCGGCUUCUGCCGCGCCUCGGUCAUGCUCUACUGGUUCUUCGUCCUGGAGGGCGUCUCCAUCCUCCUCAUCAUCAGCGUGGACCGCUUCCUCAUCAUCGUGCAGCGGCAGGACAAGCUGACGCCGCGCCGCGCCAAGGCCAUGAUCGCCGCCUCCUGGGGCCUGUCCUUCAGCGUGGCCCUGCCCUGCGUGGCGGGCUGGACCAGCGUGGAGGUGCCCGCCCGCGCGCCCCAGUGCGUGCUGGGAUACAGCGAGGCGCUGGCCGACCGCGGCUACGCCGUGGUCCUGGCCGUGGCGGUGUUCUUCGUGCCGUUCGGCGUCAUGCUCUACUCCUACCUCUGCAUCCUCAACACGGUGCGCCGCAACGCCCUGCGGAUACACAACCACGCCGACACGCUCUGCCUCAACCAGGUCAGCAAGCUGGGCCUGACCGGGCUGCAGCGCCCGCCGCAGGUCAACGUGGACAUGAGCUUCAAGACGCGCGCCUUCACCACCAUCCUCAUCCUCUUCAUCGGGUUCUCGGUGUGCUGGCUGCCGCACACGGUGGUGAGCCUGCUGGCCGUGUUCAGCCGCCGCUUCUACUUCAGCGAGUCCUUCUACCCGGUGAGCGUGGGCGUGCUGUGGCUCAGCUACCUGAAGACGGUCUUCAACCCCGUGGUCUACUGCUGGAGGAUCCGCAAGUUCCGCGAGGCCUGCCUGGAGUUCAUGCCCAAGACCUGCCGCAUCUUCCCCCGGCUGCCCGGCCGCAGCCGCCGCAGGGUCCGGCCCAGCAACAUCUACGUGUGCAGCGAGGUGCAGUCCGCUGUGUGAGGAGGAGCGGGAGGAGGCAACAUCUACGUGUGCAGCGAGGUGCAGUCCGCUGUGUGAGGAGGAGCGGGAGGA